GCUACCAUGGCCGCCACCGCGCCGGCCGAUGUCCUGCCAGACCCUUGCCCCACCGCCGCGGAUUCCUCUCCGCCGCCUCCUCCCACACCGGAGGAGCUGGUGGCCCGCGCCGUCGCCCCCGUCAAGGCCGCCUUCCUGCGCCCGCCCCCCGUGCGCGACACCCCCACCAACGAGGAGAGCAGGGCCAGCGGCGCCGUUCCCCUCGAGAAGAAGUCCAAGCGCCAGUUCAGGCGCGAGCGCAAGCAGGAACAGGAGUCUGUGUCACGUCUUUGUGUAGCAGUAGGGAAAACUGGAAAAGCAGACGCUUGCAAAUAUGGCGCUUCUUGCCGUUUCAGCCAUGACGUAGAUGCAUAUUUGGCUCAGAAACCAGCUGACCUUGAAGGAAUGUGCCCAUUUACUGUUUUGGAGCAGUCUUGCCAGUAUGGACUAACUUGUCGAUUUUUUGGUACACAUAAGGACAACCAUGCACCUUCUGAGAACCAUGAGAUAAAUCCUCUGAGUAAAGAUAUUCAAAAGCUUUUAUGGAAGACCAAAUAUAAAUUUCCCAGGGCUAGUGCUCAGAUCAAACAUCUUGGUCUUAAGGAAGUCAUGAAGAUUAAAGCAAAUGCAACAACCGAUGAUAAGAGGGCUGAUCAUGAUAAUCCAGAUGUAUCAUGUGAAAUGAAUGGUGAUGAUAAAACUGAAUCUCUUUGCAGUCCUCCUGUGAAUGUGGAACAUGAUUCCAGUUUAUGUGAGGAAAUGGAUAAUUUGGGGGGUGAACCUUUGGUUGAUAACUCUGUUCCAUGUGUCGGACCAAGGGCAUCAAAGAAGUCAAAGGUUGAAGGUGAUGAAAUUCACAAAAAUGCAGCUGGGGCAGAUUCUCAUGACACUAAGGUGUACCCUGAAGAUCCUAGUUUACUUAAUGGAUUGGAAGUUCCUUCAGAUAGCACAAGUUCUUGCAGAGUUGACCUAGUCACAACACCUCAUUUACGUGAAAAAAAGAUCAUAGAUUUUAGGGAGAAAUUGUACCUUGCUCCCUUGACCACUGUUGGGAAUCUUCCUUUUCGGAGGCUGUGCAAAACAUUGGGAGCUGAUAUUACUUGUGGAGAAAUGGCUAUGUGCACUAAUCUUAUGCAGGGGCAAGCGUCAGAGUGGGCUUUGCUGCGACGACAUUCAUCAGAAGAUUUAUUUGGGGUGCAAAUAUGUGGAGCUUUUCCAGAUACAGUAGCACGAACAGUUGAACUUGUGGAUAAUGAGUGUUCGUUUGACUUCAUUGACAUAAAUAUGGGCUGCCCAAUUGAUGUAGUUGUCAACAAGGGUGCUGGGUCCUCAUUGCUCAACAAACCUAUGAGGAUUAAGGGUAUUGUUCAAGCAUCAUCUGCUGUCACUAACAGGCCUUUAACUGUAAAGGUAAGAACAGCUUUCUUUGAAGGAAGGAACCGUGCUGAUUCUUUAGUUUCAGACAUUUAUGACUGGGGUGCUUCAGCCAUAACAAUACAUGGUCGAUCGCGGCAACAACGCUAUAGCAAACUUGCCGAUUGGGACUAUAUUAACCAGUGUGCACAGAAGGCCCCUGCCGACCUGCAUGUCAUUGGAAAUGGUGAUAUAUUCUCCUUUACCGACUGGAACAGGCAUGUUUCAGGCUCCUCCAAAAUUUCCACUUGCAUGAUUGCUCGUGGUGCACUUAUCAAGCCUUGGAUAUUUACCGAGAUAAAAGAACAAAGGGACUGGGAUAUUACAUCUGGUGAGAGACUCGAUAUUCUCAGAGAUUUUGUGCGUUUCGGUCUGGAACAUUGGGGUUCCGAUACCAAAGGUGUGGAGACGACCCGCCAUUUCCUGCUAGAAUGGCUGAGCUACACGUGCCGGUACAUCCCGGUUGGGCUGCUGGAUGUUGUCCCGCAGCGGCUCAACUGGAGGCCCCCAAGCUACUGCGGCCGCGACGACCUCGAGACCCUAAUGGCCUCCGACUCAGCCGCCGACUGGGUGAGGAUCUCAGAGUUGCUGUUGGGCAAGGUCCCGGAAGGGUUCACCUUCGCGCCCAAGCACAAGUCCAACGCCUACGACCGCGCAGAGAAUGGCUAAUGAAACAAUUUUUCAUGUCAGGUGGCCCGUUUCGAGCAUAAUCAACAUCAGGAACUCGGACAUUCUUAUGCUGCCUUUGAAUGGUUAUUUAGCGGUGCGGUAGAACAAUAUGAUAUCGAUUUUUUUUUUCUAAAUGAUGGCUCUGCAUGUUUAUUCGAAGAAUAAUACUGAAUGCUGGUAAUUGUAAGGCAUUAGAUAGUUAUAUGAUGAUCCAAAAGCUUCACAAAGGGGUUUUCCCGUUUCAGUUUCAAGUCCCGCACAAUUAUA